AUGGCCAACAACUCAUCGACUAUUCGCAUCUUGAGGGAGAUCAAAGAACUCCAGACCGGCUCAGAUCUUUCGCUUGCCGUUGCGCACCUCGAGAACGACGUCCGUACUGUGCGCUGUCUUAUCGUCGGUCCUUCCGAUACGCCUUACGAGUUUGGUUUCUUCGAAUUCAAGGCCAAAAUCGGUCCCACCUAUCCAGUCCAGCCUCCAUCCGUGAAGUGUUUGACCACUAACAGCGGCCGUUGUCGUUUCAACCCCAACAUCUACGCUUCUGGCAAGGUCUGCCUCAGUAUUCUCGGCACAUGGCGUGGUGAGCGAGGCGAACAGUGGAGUAUUGCUCAAGGAUUGGAGAGCGUGCUUAUCAGCAUACAAUCCUUGAUGUCAUCCAACCCUUACGAGAACGAGCCUGGAUUUGAGACGAUCAAGAUCACUGCCAAGGAGGCCGAAGAAUAUGCACAAAAGAUACGCCACGAGACUCUCAGAAUCACAGUUCUCCAGCGUCUCGAGCAUAUACUCCAAAUCUCCGAUGGUGACGAUACGACACCUGCCGUAGCCUCGGACACACCACCUGCUGACUAUGACGACGAUGACGAAGUUGUAGCAGAGUCGAAGCCUUCGACCUAUCAGAAAGAGGACAUUGAGGAAGCCAAAUUCUAUCCUUUCACCGACCUGUACAAGCGCCGCUUCCUCUGGUACUACGACUCUUAUCUCAAGGCGAUUGAUGGUGCCUCAAUAAAGGUCAAAGACGGCAGGCAGUUCGAGAACACACCAUUCGAGUACGGCACUAACGCUAUGUGCGGCAAGUACGCCUACGCUUCCCUCAAGACCCGCUUCCAGCGCGUCUUGCAAGCUCUCGAGACCGAGAAGGACACUUGGGCCAGAGAUGGUAGACAGCUGAUGGCGAACCAGCACGGUACGGCCUUGAACCUCCAACAUCAGUUCGAGUCGCUACACGCUCAUUACGCUGGAAACAACGGUCCCUCUGUCGAAAUUAGCCUCGUCGAUGCGAAUCCUUUCGUGUGGACUCUUACCUUCUUCGGGCCCCAGUCCACGGAUCUUUCAGGCGCGACCAUAAACACUCGCUUACAUUUUCCCUCCGAUUUUCCAGAAGAGCAACCGCGAGUCACCGUUCUCACGCCACUAUUCCAUCACCGUAUCAGCGCCACUACAAAGGCACUCUGCUACUUCCCAACCAAGCUCUAUGACGUGCAGAACCACAUAGAAAGCAUCAUGGCUGUUGUCGUCGACGAAACUCCAACUUACGAUCCGCGUGCGUUGGUCAACCCUGCUGCCUCUGCGCUUCUCUGGGGUGAUGAGAACAGCAAGAAGAUGUACAGGCGUAAGCUUCGCAGAAGUGUGCAAGACGCCAUGGAAUCAUGCGAUGAAUUCUAA